AUGUCCUUCUCGAUUCGCAAGGCAACCGAGUCAGACAUUCCCGCGCUUUCUCGCGUAUGCCUCUUGACCGCAGACGCAGGUUCUUCUGCUGAGGGCUUACACGAUUAUCCAGAACUACCUGGUCUCAUUUUUGCAGUUCCGUACGUUAAGCUACCAACCACCUGGGCAUUUGUCCUCAUCGACGAUUCCACCGACGCAGUCAUAGGAUACAUUGUCGGUUCCAAAGAUACACGAGAGUUCGAGCGGUAUGCAGCGGAGCAUUGGUGGCCGCCAUUGGCCGAGAAAUAUCCACCAUCGUUAGCUGUUAAGCCAAACGAUGAGAAAUACAUGAAGUUGCUGCAAAAGAUGUUCACAGCGCCCAACGAGAACAUUGCGUUUGCAACAGCACACCUUCACAUAAACAUUCUUCCUGGAUAUCAAAGGCAAGGAUUGGGCCAAAGGAUGAUCGAUACAGCUGUCGAAUUUUUGAAGGGGGAAAAUAUUCAGGGAAACGGAGUUUGGCUAGGAAUGGACCCGCGGAACGAUCAAGCGAAGAAGUUCUACGACAGGAUAGGCUUCAAACCGAUAGAGGGUGUUCCCAACAAUAAUAUGGGCUUGAAAUUCAACUAG